AUGUUUUCUCAGAGGACAAUCUUUAAUAAACUUAUGAAGACAAAGAUGCCUACUUCUUUGAUCAAGACUCCAGCAAGGGCAUUCUCAGGUGGAUUUUAUAACCAUAGAUCAGCAGAGGAUAACGUUGAGGAAACCCCUUUCGAGUUCACUGAGGAAAAUUAUAAGGAAAUUAAGAGAAUUCUCAAUAAAUUCCCUGAGAAUUAUAAGCAAUCUGGUAUUAUCCACUUGUGUUUCCUUGCACAGAAGCAAAAUAAUAACUUCUUGACUCUCUCUGCAAUGAACAAGGUAGCUAAAAUUUUAGAGGUGCCUCCAAUUAGUGUGUAUGAGGUCACUUCUUUCUAUACAAUGUUCAAUAGGGAACCUGUUGGGAAAUAUCAUUUGCAAGUAUGAGCCACUACUCCUUGCAUGCUCAGAGGAGCUUAUGACAUUAUGGACACUAUUAAGGAAAAGACAGGCAUCAAGCAUCUUAUGGAGACUAGUAAGGACGGCCUCUUUACUCUUCAAGAGGUCGAGUGUCUAGGAGCCUGAGCUAAUGCACCAAUGAUGCAAGUCAAUAAUGAAUGGUUCUAUGAAGACCUCACUCCUGAAAAUACUGCAUUACUUUUGGAAAGAAUGAGGCAAGGAGAAGGAUUCGAACCAGGACCACAAAUCCCUGAAAGGAAGAAUGCUGAAGGUCCUCAAGGAAGGACAACUCUCACUAAUGUAGAGCAUGUAUUCCAUGAAAGAGACUUCAAAGCAGCUAAAGAGGAAUGGGAAGCUGCAAAGGCUGAACAAGCUGCUAAGCAAUAA